AAAUUUUCUCUCCAUCCAAACAAGAAGACUUGAAAACCCAAAAGCCAAGAAAAUUAAAGAGAAAAACAACAUGGGGACGCUCGAAUCUCCAACCACCAUCGCCCCUUUACUCCUCCGAAACCUCCUAAUCUCUGUUUUUAUCUAUGCUGAUAAAUCCCUUCUGAAUUUAGCCAAAAAACACAGAGUCCUCCAAUUGAUUCGAUAUGCACUGGUUUCUUCCUUUUUCUUCUUUCUGCGUCUAUUCCCCUCCCUUUUUCCUUCUUUGAAUCCCAAUUUCGUCGACAAUCACGCCUCUAAGAUACCCCAAAAGGACACCUACGUGCCGGCGGCGGUGUGUGGCGGCUGCGAUUCCGGUAUUGCUCGGGCACUUUCGCAAUUGCUGUCGAUUGUCAACGAACUUCCUGUUAGUUCGAGAAAGUACGAGGUUGUUCGGGGUUUAGCGGAGAGGAUUAUGGAGGAGAACGAGAGGGAGAACGUUGAAGCUCUUCGCGAAGUCAAUCGGAAUGUCAUAUCGGCGGCGUUUUCUAGGACGCUUAUCCAGCUUGAAGCCGCCAUGGCAGAACAAGGGCCAGACGGUGUCAGUCACGACGGUCUGGAUUCUCGACCAGAACAGGUUCAGUACCAGUUGAACCGGGUUAUGAAAGCGUUUCGUUCGGUCGGGAAUGGGGCGUUGGCGAGGAUAGGCAGAGGGAAAACAGGGGUCAACAGGUCUAGAUUCUCAGCCGAGAAGCUGGCGGCUGAGCUACUUUGGUUGGCUCAGAAGAUGGCGGCUUGUGGGUUUGAGAAAGAGGCGGUAAAGAGGUGGGCCUCGGCCUCGAAUAUGGGUUGGCUUGCUCUUUCGGCUGAGCCACGGCUCCAAGGUUCCCUGGUUAAGGUCACAGCAUUUUUGUUUAAGCAAGCCAAAAACUUGGGGGUGGAGAAAGACGAGGAAGGCGAGAAAGAGCAACAAAGGCAGACAAAAAUGAAGUUGCUAAUGUCAUGGUUGCCGCUGCUAUGCAGAGCAAGCACAGGCACUGAUGUCCCAGUACUCAGCAUGAGCGAAAAGGCAGACCUAGAGAAGGUGCUGGAAGAGAUCAUAGAAUUGCUGGGACAAGAGGAGCAGGAGCAAGUCUUGUCCCUGUGGCUCCACCACUUCACAUCCUGCUCAUCCUCUGAUUGGCCCAACCUCCAUGCUUCCUAUGGUCGCUGGUGCUCCGCAUCUCGCAAGUUCUUGGUCCUCCAAUGAAGUUCAAAAAUAGAAUAUAAUUGUAAAUUUUAUGCCAUUAAUCGGCAAGUUAAUUAGUUAGCACUAGUUGAAUAUGCAAACAGGAAUUUGAUCAUGUACUUUAUUAUAGUUAUAGAUAGAGGAGGAAUUAUUUGAAUUCUUUUUCUUUCCUUAGUAAUCAAUCACCACUAUUUUCUCAAGCUCAAUAAAGGUUGUGUCCAGUC